AUGGCUGUGUAUAAAUUAUUCUUCUUCUUUGCGUUCGUUGUUGUUGCAACUGCUGAUUUUGUUUGGAAGCAUCACAAUAACGAAGAAUUACCAUUAGUGUUAGAAGAAGUUCAUGAAAAAUGCCCAAAUAUUACUAAGGUGUAUACUUUAACAGAGCCGUCUGUUAAAAAUGUUCCGCUUUACGUUAUCGAAUUCUCUGAUAGUCCAGGAUUUCAUCAACCUUAUAAACCUGAAGUGAAAUAUGUUGGAAAUAUACAUGGAAAUGAAGUUUUGGGCAGAGAAUUGCUACUAGGUCUCGCUAAUUAUCUUUGCGAUGAAUAUAAUAAGCGCGAUCGCCACAUACGAACAUUAAUUCAUAACACACGCAUACAUUUAUUGCCAUCUAUGAAUCCUGAUGGUUGGCAAUUAUCAACAGACGCUGGUGGUCAAGAUUAUCUUAUUGGUCGUUAUAAUAACAAUUCUGUGGAUUUAAACAGAAACUUCCCUGAUCUCGAUGCAAUAACAUUUGAGUUGGAACGUCAGGGCAUUAGCCAUAACAACCAUUUACUUAAAGAUUUGACUCGUCUUGCUGCUCCGCUGGAACCUGAGACCAGGGCUGUAAUGAGAUGGAUAAUGUCAGUACCCUUUGUAUUAAGUGCUGCAAUGCAUGGAGGAGAUUUAGUAGCUAAUUAUCCUUAUGAUGAAAGUCGUAGUGGAGCACCAGUUUCAGAAUAUUCUGCUAGUCCAGAUGAUGAUACUUUUAGGGAGUUAGCAUUAGCAUAUGCGAAUGCUCACGCGGACAUGGCGUCGCGCAACCGGCCGGGCUGCCGCGCCGUGCCGGCGCUGCCCACCGCCUACAACUUCGGCAACCAGGGCGGCGUUACUAAUGGCGCCGCCUGGUACAGCUUGAAAGGAGGAAUGCAAGACUUCAAUUAUUUGGCAACAAAUGCAUUCGAAAUAACGUUAGAGUUGGGCUGUGAGAAAUAUACACCUGAGAAUGAAUUGGAAAAGGAGUGGAUACGGAAUAAGGACGCAUUACUCGCGUUUAUUUGGAAAGCGCAUACCGGUGUUAAAGGAAUUGUUAGCGACGAUUCUGGAUUCAUACAAAAUGCUAUCAUAUCUGUUGUGAAUAUCACUGGAUCCGUACCGAGGCCUAUAAGACACGAUAUAACUACAGGAUCAUAUGGCGACUACUAUCGCCUCCUGACCCCCGGGCACUAUGAGGUGACGGCGAGUCACCCCGGGUAUUUCCCGGUGUCUCGUAUCGUCACUGUUCCCAAACACCAAACUUCUGCUAGAAUUGUCAACUUUAAACUUGAGCCGACUACAAGCUGGUUUGAUGAUUUCUCAACAUUCGGGCUGUACCCGCACGGGCUGCGCGACGGCCAGCCGCGUAUAUACAAGCGUUCGUUAUACGAGCAGCUCACUAAUGCUUUAUUGGACAAAAAGGAAACUAAACAU